CAGGGGACUCCUACAGGACCACCGGAUUCAGCUUCCGAGUUGGACGGUCCACGGUGGCAGGCAUUGUCCCCUCUGUGGCACAAGCCAUUUGGGACUGUCUGGUUGGUGAAUACAUGCCUGUCCCCAAGGAGGAAGACUGGAGGGCCAUCGCUGCCGAGUUCCUGGAGAGGUGGAAUUUCCCCAACUGUCUUGGCUCCAUUGACGGGAAACAUGUAGUAAUUCAGGCUCCACCGUGCUCAGGUUCGCAAUUCUACAACUACAAGGGUACAUAUUCAAUUGUACUCUUGGCUGUAGUAGAUGCCAUCUACUGUUUCCGUGUUGUCGAUGUUGGUGCUUACGGCAAGGGAAGUGAUGGCGGGACCCUCCGGGACUCUGCCUUCGGCCAGGCACUUCAGCAUGGCACCCUGGAGAUUCCACCACCUGCACCACUCCCUGGAGCUGAAGACCUGGGACCUGUUCCCCACGUCUUCGUCGGCGAUGAGGCCUUCCCUUUAAGACCCAACCUCAUGAGGCCCUACGCUGGACGCCAGCUGCCAUUGCCAAAGUCUUUAACAAACGACUGUCCAGGGCAAGGUUAGUUGUUGAAUGCGCCUUUGGGAUUCUGGCAGCCCGGUGGAGAAUGUAUCGGAGAGUGAUUGGUCUCAGCCCCUCAAAUGUCGAUGCCUGCGUGAAGGCUACAUGUGUUCUCCACAACUACCUGCGGAGGUCAUUCCAGGAGCCGCUCCGGAUGCAGGUGCCAACAAUGCCCCCAGACAGGCACUCCAGGUGAGAGAGAAGCUGACCACCUACUUCUCAUCGCCAGCAGGUGAAGUCCCAUGGCAGUAUGCCAUGGAGUGAAACAGCUCUUUGAAGAGCCCAAUAACACAAAGGUUAUUUUAAGAACCAUCCACCAUUGUCCAUAAAAUUGAAUUUUUCCCCCAGAUUCCUUUAUGUAUCAUUGUCUCUCUUCAUUUGGAAGCUAUAUUUAAGUGACAUUUGGGAGUAAAGACCACACCUUAAAACCCCUUCCCUCUCUCAUUAACGUCAGUAUUAUACACA